AAUUGCAACUGUGUGGGGAGAGUGAAGCCCCUCUUCAUUGAACACUCAGCAGUUCAAGCGCAAACACGAGUGCAUUGAACGACAUGGAUUAUUUUUUUCAUCCAUCCAACUCUCUUGGCCCUCAAGGCUUCUAUGGAUCAGCGCCGAUCGUUUAUAGUUAUGGAAUGCGGUCCUACUACCCUUCGCCUUUCCAUUCUUUGAGUAGUGCUUCAGCGAGUGAGAGGUCACCCUCUGCUAACCUGCUACCAAUGGAAAAUAUACAAAACUCAUUCAAGCAAGUAAUGGAAGCAAGAAUAGACACUCUUGAAAAAAACCAUGUGAAGCACUCUAAGAGGACAGAGAUGCAAGAUGCGAGUGAAGCUGCUCCAUCAAAAGAAGCCAGCCACAAAAAUGAAGAACGACUUUCAGACGAAGAAGGCGAAGACUCAAAAGACGACGAAGACGCUCCGUGGCAUCAUAAACAACCGUUCAAACACAGAAAAAGAAUGGCGUACAAUCGUGAACARCUUUUAGAACUUGAGAAAGAAUUCCACUUCACUCGUUAUUUAACCAAAGAUCGACGUUCCGAAAUGGCUUCUAUGUUGGAACUAACAGAGCGACAAGUCAAAAUCUGGUUCCAGAAUCGUAGAAUGAAAUGGAAAAAGGAUAACAAGCCAGUUAUUCCUACAAGCCGUGGCAUGCGAAGAGGCUUCACAAGAUAGGCCAGUUGUAUAUACAUAUAAUUCGCAUAUCAAAACAUGAUUAUAAACUGACAAUUUAAUAGUUUAAGGCGACGUAGAGAGUGUUAAAGCACGCUGCUUUUCUGACAUGCAAAUACAAAAACAAAUCGGGUUUAAAACAACGAAAAUUCGAGUCAGUUAGAAGCUUUGGCACUAAGAAUUUCGCCUUUUUUGUCUAAUAAUAAUAAGGAUAUUCUAGAAUGAUCGCCUUCUUCGUAAAGAGAAUUUUAAGUAUAAAGUCUGAAGUCGUGGCUUUGACAAGACUAGCGUCGCUUGUCUUUGCUAGUUUUAAGAAGGAAGCUUUGUAGCCUUCGUGUCUAACAUGCAGGGCCUGUGGGCUGAAACGAAUUAGGUGCGAAGUCAUAAUGUACAAACAAGCAAAAAAUGGUGUUACUUUUGACUCUGAUUGUCAGUCAAACUCACGAUUCAUACUUAAGGCUAUAACUAUUACUUCUACAAUAGAAAAAAAAUCAGUCAACGAAGCAACUAUAGGAGACAUUCUCGACUUCAAUAACUCUAGCCAUUUUCUUCUCUGCUCGCUAAAUGAAGCACUCAACUGGAAAAAAAAAUCCCAGCAAAUAAUGCACUUUCAGAAUUAUCAAAAUUGAAGCAAAUACUCUAUCUGUUAUUUAACUCAAAUAUUUUAUAAAGAAAUAUCUAUAUCUAUAUCUAUAUCUAUCUAUAUAUAUGUUCAGAGUUUUUGAUAUUUUUAUGUUAAGCAAGGAUUAUCUAAGAUGAUGUUAACUAAUCAAUCUAAACUUGGCAAUCGUCUCACGUCUUUUUAUAUUGUUACUUGAAAUUAUUAUUUUCAUGAUAUCUUAACUCUUUUUGGAGCAAAAGUAUUCAUUAACAUGACAUCGUACUAGAAUAUAAUUACUUUUAUAUAUUCAAUGUUAUUUGUGAAGAAUUCGAUCGAAACAAGACGAUCAAAACUAACUAUACCGGCGCUGAUCCUGAUCAGUUUUCCCUUCACCUUUUUGCGAAAAACGCUCACAUUUCCCUAAUUUUUCCAGCUUUAUUCUCCAAAGAUAUACMUUUUAGUUUUCUGUUGCUCUGAGGAUGGUUAAGUUCUAAAUCUGCGCACGUAACAAAUGAAUGUUAUAUAUGCUAUGUGAUGGUAUGUGACGUGAAAUAAAUGCCAUGAAAUACCGUAAA